CUGGGAAAAGAGCAUGGUACAUAUUCGGAAGAGGUGGUGCAAGAAUCCGUCUUUUGUUUUGUCUAGCGCUCCGUCACAUGUGGACUGUUAAUUUGGUACAUGGUUGGUUUUACUGACUGGGGAACUUGGUUGGCCUGUUGGUUUCUGGAGUCGGUAUUCCCCUUUUGGUGUGCUUUGUGUGCUUGCAUUCGUGGUUUCUUCCCCCUCUGCUUCUUAUUUUAUGAUUUCUUUCUCGUCGGUCCUGCAUUCGUUCCACACUGCUUUUCCAUCUUCUGUCACGACCAUCCACGACCCGUCGGGGUUGGGGAUUGUAUUUACCUUGGAGGAGUGUACGUCUCGGGCUCUUGUUUCCCACUCGUUCCGGGGGGUUCAGGUGUUAUUCUAUCAUCGUUCGGGUCUGGUUGCGAGUUUGGCCGAAGCAUGCGGGUUUCAGUUCAGCAACGGGGUUUCUUUCAUGGGUACGAAAAGGUUGUUUUCUACAGGUUCUAGUUCUGGGGACAUUGGCAAAAGGAACAGCGGGGAUGCCGGCAAAUCAUCAAAAGAGUUAUCGGAGUCUGAUCUGCUGAGGUUCUGGUCUGUCAUGUUUAUUCAA